CUACCCGAGACAAGGCUGCUCACCUCACACUGCCCAGCUCCCAGCCUCCGACGGGACCCUUGACUUUUGGAACGGAGAGCCUUAAAUCAUCUGUUAUUGAAGGAAGCCUGGAUCUGGUGUGGCAGCCAUGGGCAGCAAGACUCUUCCAGCACCAGUCCCUCUGCACCCUUCACUUCAGCUGGCCAACUACUCCCUCCUGCAGAGCUCUACAGGCCUGCAGCUUCCAGCAGAUCACUUCCCUGGCAUCUACAGCUUCAGCGCCCUCCAUGCCAUCCACCUCCACCAGUGGACCCUGGGCUACCCGCCACUGGCACUGCCCCGCUGCACCAUCUCCAAGUUGCCUGCCCAGUUCUCCUCCAUGACCUCCAUCCCCAUCUUCCCCCACCUCCUUCAGCCUAAGCAGGACUCAGCGGGGCAACUGCAGGGCUCCAAGAACAAGCCCCGUUUUGACUUCGCCAACCUGGCCGCGGCAGCCACCCAGGAGGAUCCUCUGAAGGCCGAGGACCUGAGCAUGACGGGCGCCGCAGUAGCACAGGUUUCAUCUCACCAUCCCACCUCAGCCGGCCUCGGAUGCCUCCUGGACGUGACUAAGCUGUCCUCGCCAGAGCGCAAACCCAGCCGUGGCAGACUGCCCUCCAAGACCAAGAAAGAGUUUGUCUGCAAAUUCUGCGGCCGCCACUUUACCAAAUCCUAUAACCUGCUGAUCCAUGAGCGGACGCACACGGAUGAGAGGCCGUAUACCUGUGACAUCUGCCACAAGGCCUUCAGAAGACAAGACCACCUCCGGGACCACAGGUACAUUCACUCCAAAGAGAAGCCCUUCAAAUGUCAGGAGUGUGGGAAAGGAUUCUGUCAGUCGAGGACUCUGGCUGUACACAAAACAUUACACAUGCAGGUCAAGGAACUAAAGCCACCCAAGAUCAAGUGAUUUUGACGACAUAUAAGGGAUGAGGACACUGGAAGAACCAAAUGACCCAAAGAAAACAACGACAAUCCAUCAAAAACCAAAGACUUGUUCAUCUCAGCUGUUGGAAGCAGAUCUCUCCACUUGUAUAGAAAAUGGGAACAUUACAAAAAGGAUUAAAUAUUUCACCAGCAAAAAACAAAACACAAAAGACUUUUUCCUUAGCCCUGGAUUUCUACAGCGAGUAUUUAUGAAGAGUAGUUUCUCCAUGAUCAGUUAAAACAUAUUUUGCAUAGUGGAGAAGUGUAUGCUUAGUUGUCAAGGCCUAAAUGGACCCAGCGGAUCUACGGAAUGUGAAAUCAACCUCGCCGAAAAAAAACAAAAACAAAUAACUUGUGGCUGCUCAUUCCAGAUACUUUGCAACAAAAGCUUUUAAUCCAAAGACUCUAAAAGGAACAUUCCAACUCUUAUGCAAUUUUUUUGUAAACAACUGAAAAUGAUUGAAGCCAUGUUAGCAUA